AUGAUACCCUUUAGCCAGUCCAUUAUCCUCGCCUUCUCCUUCAUCAACAUGAAGAUGCUUUAUGACCGCUUUGCGCCACUGCUCUUAUUGUUUACUCGCGUUUCAGACGCGUCAUCUUUGCAAUGGGGACCUUGCGAUUUGGACCUUGCUGAGGAUGCGCAGAAGUUGAUCAAAGCUGGUGAUUGUGCGACUAUUGAGGUUCCGUUGGAUUACACAGACUCCAAGUCUGAGAAGACGGUUGAGUUGCAGUUGAUAAGGUAUAAUGCUACAAAGGAGCCUUUCAAGGGCAGUGUUCUUUGGAAUCCGGGUGGUCCAGGAAUUUCUGGUAUCGAGACGCUUGCGUAUCUUGGACAGGACUUUCGAGAUAUCCUUGGUGGUCAUCACAACAUCAUCUCAUUCGACCCUCGCGGCACUGGCAGAACUAUCCCAUAUGUUUGUGAUGUGAACAAAACUACCGCAUCGCAUUCCCGUAGAGGUAUUGAUCCUCUUCCUCAGGCCGACCUCUGGGAAUACGUCAAGAAUGAAGCUUGGCAGUCCAUGCAGGCCGUCGCCGAAGCCUGCUAUGGAUCCCAGCAAGAAAAUGGCCGCUUCCUCAGCACCGCCUUUACUGCACGAGACAUGAUGAAGAUCGUCGAUGCUCUUGGCGAAGAUGGAAAGUUGCAAUUCUGGGGUAUUUCAUACGGCACUAUCCUUGGACAAGUCGCUGCGUCAAUGUUCCCCGAUCGCAUUGAACGUCUUCUUCUGGAUUCAAACUCGCUUGCGGACGCGUACUUUACCUCGACGGGUAUUGGAGGCCCCAAGGAUGCUGAGAAGUCCUUGAUCCAUCUCUUUACUGAGUGUGUUGAGCUUGGUGCUGAGGUUUGCAAACUGGCCAAUUACUCUGGAAGCAAGACCACCGUUGAGGAUUUGCGCGAUGUAACAGUUGAUCUCUUCCAGAAGCUCAAGGACAUGAAGGACCUACCCAAUGGUCUGUCAGCUAAGGACUAUCCCUAUGCUGGCAAUUCCAUUCUGAAGGAUCUGAAGAAUGGCAUCAUGAACCUCCUCUCGAGUCCCUUCUCCUACUCAACCGUCGUCGACCUUCUCUCAUACGCCUUCGAAGGCGACUACAAGAAGGCACUGAGUUUGUACAAGGAGGACACAUCAGAGUGGAAUCUGGGCAAGAACGCAUUCCAAGGCAUUGCAUGCUCCGAGACCUCAUUUCGUGUCAAGACCCCAGAGGAUCUUUACCCCCUCUACCAAGCGCAUCUUGCUGAGAGUACUUUUGGCGAUGCCAUCGCUGCUGACUACAUGGCCUGCGGUGCUUGGAAACUUGAUGCCGCGGAAGAUGUUGACACGAAUACGCUUCGAAACGUCAACACAAGUUUCCCGGUCAUGGUCGUGAAUAAUGCGUAUGAUCCCAUUACCUCGCUUAGUCAUGCAUAUCAGGUUGCUUCUCGGUUCAGAGACAGCCGUGUGCUGGUAAACGAGGGUGUUGGUCAUGGUGUGACAUCGCAUUCGUCUCCUUGCCUUCUUGAUGCUAUCUCUUCUUACUUCGUCGAUGGUACUCUUCCAGAGGUUGGUGCUAAAUGUAUUCCCGAAAAGGGAGCAUUCGAGUAUGCUCUGUCGCGCUCAUAA